AUGAAUUUUCGCCGCAAAUGGAAUUAUUUGCUUAUUUUUGGGCUUUCUAUUACAAUACUUCUCUAUAUCAAAAUAUUCUACCUGUCGCAACGUAAGCAGUUUGAUAAAUGGCCGACAUCAAAUCAAAUCGUAUUCUACAACAGGAUUCCGAAAACUGGUUCAACCACUUUUACCAAUUCAAUUGCUUAUGAUUUGUACAAGGAAAACCAUUUCAAUGUUUUGCACGUAAAUAUGACGAAAAAUAAGCAGGUAAUGAGUCUUUCGGAUCAAUACAAUUUUAUAAAAAAUAUAACAUCGUGGAAUGAACGAUUACCAGCUUUUUAUCAUGGUCAUGUGGCGUUCGUCGACUUUGAAAGAUUUGGCUAUUCCAAUCCAAUUUACAUUAAUGUUGUACGCGAGCCGCUGGAACGCCUACUGUCGCAUUAUUAUUUUCUUCGUUAUGGAGACAAUUUUAGAGUUGGUUUAAAACGAAGCAGAGCGGGAAAUAACGAGACAUUCGACAGUUGUUUUGCUCGAGGGGGAAAAGAUUGUGAUAUGAAGCAGAUGUGGAUGCAGAUUCCAUAUUUUUGCGGUCACUAUCAUUUUUGCACUCAAGUUGGAAGUGAAGAAGCUCUCGAUAUGGCUAAAAAGAACUUAUUGGAAAAAUAUCUUCUUGUCGGGACCACGGAAAGGUUACGCGAUAUGAUUGCGCUUUUAGAAGUCACCGCUCCGCAUUUUUUCAAAGGAGCAUUGAAACAUUUUGAUAGUCUUGAUGAAAAUCGCGCCCAUUUGAGAUACACAAAAAAGAAAGUGCCACCAAGUGAUCAAACACUUUCAAUGAUAAAACGUAAUGAAGUAUAUAAAAUGGAACGAGAAUUUUACGACUUUGCAGCUGAUUUAUUUGACGCCGUUUUCAAAAAAGCUACAAAUGGGACAUCGAAAGCGGAAAGUUUGAUAAGGAUUCCACCGCAAUAUCACUUCGAAAAAAUUAAAACUCCUUAA